AUGGAGAGCACAAAGAACGACGGUGGCGACAGGAGGGAUUCCGAGAGGAAGCGAUUAGCUAAAGAGGAGCGAAUGCGCGAGAUGAAAGUGGAGGAGCAACUGGUGAAAUCUAUGAGCUCGAUGGAAAAUCCCGACGAUAAGAUAAACAAUCUGGUGAAGAAGUAUGUGGACUUGGAGAAGGAGACUCGCAAGCUGGGCACUGUGGCGAAGCAGCAGGAGAAGCGACUGGAUUUGAUACAGAAGGAAAAGGAGAAUUUGCAGCAAGAGUACAACAAAGCGAUCCUCACGAAGUCCAAGUUGGAGUCUCUGUGCCGUGAGUUGCAGCGACAGAACAAAUCCAUCAAGGAUGAGAGUUUCACCAAAAUACGCGAAGAGGAGGAGAAACGCAAGGAGACUCAAGCCAAAUUUCAGAAAUCCCUCAACGAUAUCACUGCUCUGAUGACGGAGAACAACGAUCGAAACAUGAAGUUGCAACAGGACAACAUCGAGAUGUCCAAGAGACUGAAGUAUCUGCUGGAGCAGUCGGAGACGCGCGAACAACAGGUAGAGAAGAUCAACAUGAGUAUCGAUCUCUCCACGCAGCUCAACGAGGCAAAAUUGUCAAAGAUACAAAUGGAAGCGGCUCUGGAGAAGGAAGGCCUUCUAAAGGAGAAGCACGAGAUGCUGACGGAGCUGAAGAAGACGCGCCAACAACUGGUGGAUGUGCAGUUAAAAGAGAAACUCCUCAAGGAGCAACUGGAUCUGUACACGACAAAGUACGAUGAGUUUCAGAACUCGCUGACCAAGAGUAACAGCAUCUUUGGCACUUACAAGGCCGAACUGGAGAAGACAUCAAAGAAAAUUGUGAAGCUGGAAAAGGAGCGCAAUGAGUGGAGGAUAAAGUUUGAGAAGAGUAAUGUUGCACUUCUUGAAAUGGCGUCCGAUAAGCAGCUCAAGGAUCAAAUUCUCAACAAGACCACACGCCAGUUGGAUCAGUUGCAGAAGCUGUGUCGCUUCCUACAGGCUGAUCGUGCUCUGCUGGUAAACACUCUGAAGGAGAACAAUAUCGAACGACCAUCUCUGCCAGAAUUGCCUCCGGAGCCCGAGCCCGUGGAGCCCGAGACCUCUGCACAGGAUGACAAACUCGAGAGAAUGAUGAAGAAUUGCAGUGAAUUCAAGCAGAAUCUCGCAGUCUUGCAGAAUCAAUUGGCGUCGAUAACCAAGCCGUCCUCGUCUCAGGAAAGCAAGAAGACCAAGGGCAAGAGCAAGAAGAAGGACGCACAGAAAACAGUCGCCGAGCAGGAAAAUGGGGAAAUUGCAGAGUCAGUGGCCCCAAUUGAAGCCGCCAACGUGCUUGAGAGUAAAGAAGAACUGACGGUGAACUCGACAGACUCUGGGGAAUUGCCGAGUGAUCAGUAG